AAUUCAUUAAUCAAUCAUAGAUCUUCAUUGAUAUCGAAACUGAAAGAUCAGGGUUGUGAUUUUCGAUCAUUGCCGUUAGCUGCCAUUUCAUUUUGGAUCGUAUCACCAUCGUGGAUAGCCAUGAAAUCAUUGUCAACCACAUUAUUAUCAUCGUUCUCACAACAACAACAAUCACGAUCAUCAUUAUUAUUAUUAUCAUCAUCAUUGAUAUUUACCAUCACAUCAUUGCCAUUGCAAUUAUGGAAAACAUGUGCAUCAAUAAAUUCAACAAAAACAUUAUUCUCAUAUUCGAUAAUUAUGAAAAUAAUCUCAGUAUUAAUAAUGUUAAUGCAUUAUAUGGAAUGUAAUUCCAUUCCUCCAUACAGACAUGGCUUAGCAAGGUACUAUCAACCACAAUCCCCACCUCCUUCUGUUAACACUUAUCAAAUACCAUCAACAUUUACUUCCUAUUCAAUCACUUUACCCGUGCAUCCGUCACCUAUUAAUAUUGAAAGGAAUAUUCCAAAUGGUCCAUACCAACAAAGUUAUUAUCAGCCGCCACCAAAAUAUCAACCACAGCCACAGUAUUGUCCAGAGACUGGACGAACCGUCUGUUCCAAAGUUCCCUAUUAUCCAUCAGAUGAGGUGUUUUCGGUGGUAAAGAUGGCAAGAGCUAAACGUUUCAACAUAUCUUCCGAAUUCGUUGAUGAAAGUGAAAAUGAUAGUGAACCAUAUUUCGAAGAUGAUUUUGGUGAAGAAUAUGGCGAUACUUAUCCAUCAUAUCCAUAUUCAGAACCAUAUGAUCGCCAACCUUCACCACCACCACCACCAUCACCAGGUCAACAAUAUCAAUACCAACAGCAACAGCAGCAACAACAACAACAACCAUAUCGGUCACAGCAGUAUCGAUAUCGUAUGAAUUCAGUCACUAUUAAUCAUGAACAGCCACAACAACAUCCUUCAGUUGUUCAACAUUACCAUAAUUUAGAUUGGAAAUAUUUCCGUAAUAUGAUGUCACGAAAUGUAUUUCCAGUCAUCCAAAAUAAUCCUCGAUCAAUAGGCGACAUUUCCAUUCCAAACGGUUUAACGGGAACAACGACGCCAAUUAUUAAUCGUAAUUCAAGAACAUUUGAUACCAACGAUCAGAUUCAUGGUUCUGUAAAAUCAAUGUAUUCUCCUAAUGGUGAUCAAUCUUUUUCAACGAAUCAUUUCAAUAAUAAUAAUCAUAAUGGCGGGCGUAACGGUGCUCGCGGUCAUUCUCGUUAUAAACGGCAAGCGGAUGAAGCACCCAUUUCGAUCGAACCUUUAUGUCCAUCACGUACGAUAUUAUUAGAGCCAAAAGCAGCUCUCAAUGAUCGUCGACAAUGGAAAUAUGUCGUCAACCUUGCUGAUCGCGAUCGUCGUUUAAGACAAGCAAUUAAAGUUGAGGUUUGCAUGACUCCAAAUGCCCCAUGUUCAAAUCAGAUAUCUCUACCGUUUGGUUUUGUAUCAAGAUGUCGACAAAAAUAUAUAAAGAAAAAAUUGAUCUCAUUGGAUGAAUCUGGUCAAUCUAUUUCGAGUGAAAAUUUUUUCGCACCAUCUUGCUGUGUAUGUGAAGUAUCAAGAGGAAAUCCUUCGAUUCCGCCAACCAGUGUUCCAUCUACACCUGGAAAUUUAGCCACAUCAGCAACCGGAUCCUCUGUUUCCAUUCAAACUGAAUCAUCACUGAGAAGAUUUGAUGAUAGUGCAACAAUCACAAGUAAACGAAAGAAACACAAACAUACAUUCAGUACAGAAAAAUUUGAUAUAGAUAGACCACAAGCUGAUGCUCCAAUUAUAAUACCGCAAACAACAAAACAAACCGAUAUCGAAAAUAGGAAAACACGAAAUAAUCACGUUAUUAAUCAACCUAACGAUAAUAAUAUAGUGACCGGAGGAAUUAAAACAUAAAGAAAAAAUACAACGAUAAUAACAGGACUUGUACUUACCCACCGACCACGAAUUAUAUAUGGAUUAUUACAAUGAUACAUUAUAUUUAUUUCAAUUGAUAAUGAUCCGUGUUUGAAUUUAUUUUCAUUAUUGAUAAAUCAUUUAUUAAUAAUCAUCAUUAACAAUUAAUUGGAUUGUUUACAAGAAUCGCCAAAAUGCAAAA